AUGAGUCAACUUUCUGUGCCUCGUUUAAUUUUUAUCAUAACAGCAUCUAUCAAUACAUUUGCACAUACAUGUCUUUAUUGUGCCGUAGGAGAAAUAUUAGUUAUCCAAUGUGAAGGAAUUUAUAAAGCUGCAUGCGAGUAUAAAUGGUACAACAUGGAAUCAAAAAAAGCAAAAAAUGUAUUGUUUAUAAUGAUGCAAGCUCACAGAUCGCUGUAUCUUACUGCAGGAAGAAUAUUUCCUAUGACGAUGUCUACGUUUUGUAACUUGUUAAAGACAUCAGGUGGAUAUAUGUCAGUCUUGUUGGCACGUGAAUAG